GGAGCAGAAUUGCUGUCUUUCGUCACGUAUUGGUUAAAACGCAGCUUAGGUCAUACCUCUGUGAACAAAAUAUGCUUUCCCAUUGGCUGCCCUUCACGAUAAUCAGUUUCUGAUUCAAAUGAGAAACAUUAGACUGGUUUCGUGUGCGAUCUGUCAAGACAAUUAACCGAACAGGACUACACUGUAAUGCUACUCUAAGGCUUAUCGUUUGAAUGUGGGAAGAGCUGGUGGAACGUUUUACUUAAGGAUCGAUCGAGUCUUCACGAUCCAGGGGAAUGAUGGGCGACUUGAUGACCAAACGGGCCGACCUCUCGCCACUCUAAGUCCCAGGAUCUCACGGCGGUCAUGUGACGCUCACGACACGCUCCAUGAGUGAAGGGAUGAGACACCCGAGCGGUGACUCCACCCCAGGGGACCAGCGGCCGACGGCCCCCCCACCUACUACCCCUGUCCUCCCCUAGCGAGCCACAUAACGCUGGUCCACCGCUCUCCUCUUCUCCCUCCACCAGUGGCCACUAUUACCCAGCAUUGCUCCAGCUAAGCCCAUCCCAGCCCCCCUCCUCUCCCCCUCCCCCUCCCCCACCCCCUCCCCCACCCUCUCCUUCCCCAUCGUCUUUCGGGCGGCUGAGUUGGUGCGCGAUGGCCCGGCGGCAGGACGCUGAUGGGUGCCGCGGCGGACUGUGAUGUCACAGCCCAGCAGCCCGGGCGAGAGCCAGCGUGGCGCUCCGAGAUUCUUCGUUGGCUGUGAGGACGAUGAGAGCGAGGACCCGGAAGAGCGCACCCGGACCGACAUGGAGCUGUACAUGGCCGACGAAGGCGGCGACACGCCCCCCGAGCGCCAGAUUGUGGUGGGGAUCUGCUGCAUGAUGAAGAAAUCCAAGUCCAAGCCCAUGACCCAGAUCCUGGAGAGGCUGUGCAAGUUUGAGUACAUCACGGUGGUCAUCUUCCCCGAAGACGCCAUCCUCAACGAGCCUGUGGAGAAAUGGCCUUUGUGUGACUGCCUCAUUUCUUUCCACUCUAAAGGAUUCCCCCUGGAUAAGGCUGUGAGUUACGCCAAGCUCAGAAACCCUCUGCUCAUCAAUGACCUGAACAUGCAGUAUUACAUACAGGACAGGAGGGAGGUUUAUCGGAUCCUGCAGGAGGAAGGGAUUGACCUGCCGCGCUAUGCUGUACUGAACAGAGACCCAGAUAACCCGGAUGAGUGCAGCCUACAGGAGGGGGAGGACCAGGUGGAGGUCAACGGGGAGGUGUUCCCCAAGCCCUUCGUGGAGAAGCCCGUCUGUGCCGAGGACCACAACGUCUACAUCUACUACCCCAGCUCGGCGGGCGGCGGCAGCCAGAGGCUCUUCCGGAAGAUCGGCAGCCGGAGCAGUGUGUACUCCCCAGAGAGCAGCGUGCGCAAAACAGGCUCCUACAUCUAUGAGGAAUUCAUGCCCACGGACGGCACCGACGUGAAGGUGUACACGGUGGGGCCCGACUACGCCCACGCCGAGGCCCGCAAGUCCCCCGCCCUGGACGGGAAGGUGGAGCGGGACAGCGAGGGCAAGGAGAUCCGCUACCCCGUCAUGCUGUCGGCCAUGGAGAAGCUGGUCGCCCGCAAGGUGUGCCUGGCCUUCAAGCAAACGGUGUGCGGCUUCGACCUCCUCCGGGCCAACGGCCACUCAUACGUGUGCGACGUGAACGGCUUCAGCUUCGUGAAGAAGUCCAUGAAGUACUACGACGACUGUGCCAAGAUCCUGGGGAACAUCGUGAUGCGUGAGAUGGCUCCCCAGUUCCACAUUCCCUGGUCCAUCCCCACGGAGGCCGAGGACAUCCCCAUCGUCCCCACCACAUCUGGCACCAUGAUGGAGCUACGCUGUGUCAUCGCAGUUAUCCGGCAUGGCGACCGAACACCCAAACAGAAGAUGAAGAUGGAAGUUCGUAAUCCAAUGUUCUUCGAGCUUUUUGAAAAAUACGCUGGUUACAAGACCGGGAAACUGAAGCUCAAGAAGCCAAGACAGCUGCAGGAGGUGCUGGACAUCACCAGACAGUUGUUGGCAGAACUGGGGCAGCACACUGACUGUGAGAUAGAGGAGAAGAAGUCCAAACUGGAGCAGCUAAGGACGGUCCUAGAGAUGUACGGCCACUUCUCCGGGAUCAAUAGGAAAGUGCAGUUGACCUACCUGCCACACGGACAGCCCAAGACCUCCAGCGAGGAGGAAGACACCCGGAAGGAAGGACCGUCCCUGCUGCUGGUGCUCAAGUGGGGCGGAGAGCUGACCCCCGCCGGCCGGGUGCAGGCCGAGGAGCUGGGCCGCGCCUUCCGCUGCAUGUACCCCGGGGGACAAGGAGACUACGCCGGCUUCCCCGGCUGCGGGUUGCUACGGUUACACAGCACAUACAGGCACGACCUGAAGAUCUACGCGUCGGACGAGGGCAGGGUUCAGAUGACGGCGGCCGCCUUCGCCAAGGGCCUGCUGGCGCUGGAGGGGGAGCUGACCCCCAUCCUGGUGCAGAUGGUGAAGAGCGCCAACAUGAACGGGCUGCUGGACAGCGACAGCGACUCGCUGAGCGGCUGCCAGCACCGCGUCAAGGCCCGGCUGCACGACAUCAUGCAGAAGGACGAGGAGUUCACGCCCGACGACUAUGACAAGCUUGCGCCGACCACCAGUGCCUCUCUGGUGAACUCAAUGAAGAUCGUGGAGAAUCCCGUGGGUGUGUGUGACCAGGUCUACACGCUCAUCCAGAGUCUCACGGCCCAGAUCCGCAAGAGGAUGGAGGACCCCACGUCUGCGGACCUCCAGCUGUACCACAGUGAGUCCCUGGAGCUGAUGCUGCAGCGCUGGUCCAAGCUGGAGCGGGACUUCCGCAUGAAGAGCGGCCGCUACGACAUCAGCAAGAUCCCCGACAUCUACGACUGCGUCAAGUACGACGUGAUCCACAACGGCUCGCUGGGCCUAGAGGACACGCUGGAGCUGUUCCGCCUCUCGCGGGCCCUGGCCGACAUCGUCAUCCCCCAGGAAUACGGCAUCAACAAGGCGGAGAAGCUGGACAUCGCCCAUGCGUUCUGCCUGCCGCUGAUGCGCAAGAUCCAGAUGGACCUCCAGAGGACCCACGAGGACGAGUCGGUGAACAAGCUGCACCCCCUGUACUCUCGUGGCGUGAUGUCCCCCGGACGCCACGUCCGAACCCGCCUCUACUUCACGAGCGAGAGCCACGUGCACUCGCUGCUGAGCGUCUUCCGCUACGGGGGUCUGCUGGAUGAAGAGAAGGACCAGCAGUGGAAGCGUGCGAUGGACUACCUCAGUGCCAUCUCUGAACUCAACUACAUGACCCAGAUCGUCAUAAUGCUCUACGAGGACAACAAAAAGGACAUCUCGUCGGAGGAGCGCUUCCACGUGGAGCUCCACUUCAGCCCGGGGGUCAAAGGGGUCGGUGAGGAGGAGAACGCCCCCACCGGCUUCGGCUUCAGGCCCGCCUCCUCGGAGAACGGGCAGAAGCAGACGGACCCGGGCAGCCUGGAGGACCUGACCCGGGAGGAGGGCGAGGGGGCCGCCGUGCUGUCGGAGCCCAUCAGCAUGCAGAGGAAGUCCCCGCUCGUACGCAACCGCAAGACGGGCUCCAUGGAGGUGCUGUCUGAGAUCUCGUCGUCUAAAGCGGGCAGCUAUCGUCUCUUCCCCACCUGGACUCGUCAGUCACCUGAGAUGAAGCAGAGCGGACUAGGGUCUCAGUGUGCCGGGCUCUUCAGCACCACGGUCCUAGGGGGUUCCUCUAGCGCCCCCAACCUGCAGGACUACGCACGCACAAACCGCAAAAAAUACUCCUCCGGCAGUCAGUCCUACAAAGAUGAGUUGUUGUCUAUGCCGGCAGUAAAGCGAUUUUCUGUGUCGUUUGCACAGUAUCCGACUAAUGAGCCCCUGGAGGACCACCAUGUGGCCCAGUUGUUGAACCGCUUCUCCAUUGACCUUAGCCGUGGGGGGCACCUGUGCCUGGACGGGGCUCUAGCCCACCACCUUCACCAGUGCUCCUACCACCUGCGCCUGUUCCGCAACUGGCUCGUCUCCGGCCAGGACCCCCUAGAGUAUAUCUACGGCUUCGAGGGCUGCUCCAUGGUGCCGUCCAUCUACCCCCUGGAGACGCUGCACAACUCGCUCUCGCUCAAACAGGUCAACGAGUUCCUCACCGCCGUCUGCGAGAACGCCGGAGAUUCACAGGCCAGGUCCACCCAGGCUCUGUCGGCCAUGUUUGACACGCAGAACCAGCCCAACGUGGACUCGUACCUCCCCCAGAGAGUGCUGUCCUCCUCCUCCUUCAAGACCCGGUCCGACAGGCCGGCUUGGUACAGCAGCGGUCCUUCCAGCACUGUGUCCAGCGCCGGACCCUCCUCCCCCACCACGGCCGACACCUCCCCGCGCUUCAGCUUCAGCGACAAGGUGGCCCUCAGCCCCCAGGGCAGCGAGGAGGCCCACGCCUGUCACCACGGCUCCUGCCUGCCGACGGUCGGCGCCCUGCGACCUCCGGACCUGACCGGCCCCGGCCUCUGUCCUCCUGAAGACCAGGGGACCUUCGGGAACCCCUCGCCACCAGAGUACCCGGCCCCGGAGACUGCAGCCCCGGGUCCCCACUCGGCCCCGGGGCCCCCAGCCCUGGGUCUCUCGGUCCUGGGUCACUCGGUCCUCGCUCUCCCGGCCCUGGAAGAACAACCCGAACACGGGCACGAGGAGGAGCCAGAGGAAGGCCCCGGCGCGCCGGAGACGCCCCGCUGCGAAAGCGCCGGCGAACCCGGUCCGGGUCGGACCCUCCCUCGCUCCCCCCUGGCCGAGCUCCCUCCGGCCCCCCCGGAGGGCUACUGCUGCCUGCCGGGCUCUCUGCCGGCGCUGCCGGAGCUCAGGGAGAGCGGCAGCGAGGCGGGCUCCAGCGCUCAGACGCCCCAGUCCCCGGAGGUGCCCUCCGAGGAGUUCUUCGACACACAGGAGUCUCUGGAGGGCUGGAGGGACGGCCUCGGCGGCCUCUCCCACUCUGGGACCCCGGUGGAGGUGAGAGCCCCCCACAUGGCCGAGCCUUGAGGGGGGGGGGGGCGCCUGAGGGUCAUUGAUGACAUCGACGACAUGGACCUUGACGGUCCCUAAGCUCCCUCCUGUUGUCCCAGGGGGUCUGUCACAAAAGUGUUUUGAAUCAAAUGAUCUUAAUCUUUGCCUCUCGGGGUGUGCGUAGUGAUGUCGUGGAUCCUCUCCUUUGUUUUUGAAGUCACUGUAGCAGAACACUUGUUGUCCACCUUGUCCACGUCAAUGUGGGCGAUUCACAACAUGCCGCUGGGCGUAGGGGGCGUCCAACGAAAGAGACCGCCGAUCGUUGAAAGAUGCAUACCGGUGGUCCCCGGCCGCAGUGGCCAUACGAGCCCCGGAAGUUCAGCUUUAAUGUUUCAUGUUUGACUCGACCCCGCCCCGGGGGGGCCCAUGCCUCCCCCGCGUCCCCCUCUAGACUUGAGCCUCCGAGGCUCAACCGGCCUCCCUGGACGGGUGGAAGCCCUACACUGGGACUCUACGUGGGUCUCCCCGGAAGGUCCUGCACCAUGUGUUCACAGACUGGGUGUCACCAGGGGGGUUAUCAGGAGAUGCUCCACCACCCCUGACCAGGUGAAGGAACGUCCUGUGGUGGUUCCUGUUGUGCAGGGGCCUGAUUAAUCGCGCAGACGCCACCACCACAUGGAGGGACGCGGUUACAAAGUGAAAGGAGCAUAGAGCAAGCUAGGUUCUACAGCUGUGGCCCCGGUGUUUGUGUUCCUGUGUUCGCAAGCACAUGCCAGCAUACAUUGUCUCUGCCGUGUCUACGUGCCGUCACGUGUUGUCUAUAUACAUUGGGUGUGGUGUGUUAUGUGAUUUUAAACAAUGUAUUUGUUUCUGACUGCCGUCUUGGCUCUCGUACCGCCUUGUGAUGCUAGCGUUGAUCCGGGUCCCAGGUCCGUCAUAUGUGCACUGCUUACUGUUUGGCAACCAGCCCUGGGAUGAGUAACGAGGCUGGGUGACGAUGCAAAAGCCGACAUAGUUAUAUUUUUAAUAGGGGAAGGGAGUGUGGGGAAGGAAUGUGUUCUAGAGGGUUCAUGAUCCAUGGACGAGGCGAGGGAGUGAGACACAGUAGGUCUGGGGCAGGGGGUAUCCCACCGUAGGACCGCCAAUUCUGUCACAGUUACAGCCCGUCGUCGUCGUGUCUGGUUGCUUGAGGGUGAUCCGAUUAUUAACAAAUGACAAUUGUAUUUUUAGUCUGCUUGUUUCCCUCCCUCCCAAUCUCUUCUUCUCUACUUACUGUGUUUAACUUACCCUUGGAGAUUCGGUUUGCCAGCCUUGCAAUCACCUUCAUUGUACCGGCUGUGUGCUCUGUGAGGGCAUAUAAGCCUCCAGGCUUAAUAACCCUAGUCCCCCAAAUCAGGCUUUAGAACGGGGCCUUUCCAUUGCUUUCACUUCAUGUUUGUUUUGACCAAUCAUGUUAGUCAGAGGCCUAUUCACUCAAACACAAACUCGGCCAGCAGUAGUAUGCUGAAAAUUGUCUCUAAAAGUCACAAAUCAUCAUCGUGCAGACUGUAAACGUCAACCUUUAAAGAAGCCUCUAAGAGCUUCAUCCAUGUUUCCUUCGGUAGAUUAUCUCCGUAACUAAACUGGAAACCAGGCCCCAGCAGUCCAGGUGUCCGGCCCAGGCUCGGUGUCCCCCUCCCCCCAGACAUAGUGCUACUAUAGCCCAGUAGGACGGCUGGACCCCAGAUUAUCGUUCCCCAGAUUGUCUCCAGGCGUGUAACCUCCAUGAUUGCCCGAGCGGGGCUGGGAGGAGUCUGCCCUCCUCUCGGUUCUCCUCUCCAUAACUGCCAAAGUCCUUACGCCUCAUCUAGAAUAUAAUGCAUAUAAAAAUAUAUACAGACAUUUAUAUCUAAAUAUAUAAAUAAUUAUUAGAGUAAUCAUUGAGAAAAAUUUCUUAUUUAUUUUGAAUUUGCUUCUGGGAAAUGUGUAUUUCUUUUGUUUGCCAACCCACUAGAAAUGGAUAAACAUAGCUACUGUUUAUUUUCUUAUGAAACACCCUACUCUGUGAGAGAAUCCUCAACCUAAUUCUAAAUGUAUAUUAACUAGAGAUCAUUUUAAAGUCCCUCAGAGGGGUGGGUCUUUCUUGUAGUGGGUUCUCUGUGGUCCUACUGUGCUAAGCACAGUACAAUGUCACUGACAUGUAGCAAGGUUUUGCAGGUCUGUGCUUCAAGACUGCAAAGAAUUCAAAGCAAUUCUGGUCUUGAGCAUGUUGUCCCGUGAUGUACUGUAGACUGGGGUUGUCUUGAAAGGAACCAGCGAGAGUAAGUUACCGUCAGCACUGCUGUGUGCAUAACGUAUAACUCCGUCCUGUCGGUGGACGUGUAGUUGAACAGAUUUGUGAAUGACAAUCUGAUCCUGUGUUGUUGUUUUUGUUUGUUUGUUUUGUUGUGUGUUCUUGCCGGUGCUAUUGUGCAGGAUAUGCGUUGUAUACUAAAAGCUUGCUUUAUUUUUUUUCAAAGGAGUGGGUUGAUGAGAUCAAGCUUUCCUUAACUGAGGAUUGAUGGUUUAUUUGAUGUAGUUAAAGAAGCCUUUCUACAGAGCUUGUGUUGCAAUUAUUUGCUGAGAUACGUGAACUGAAAUGCACUUGUAUAAUAAACUUUAGCCUAAAAAGGAGCCUCAUUAAGGUGUUAAGAAAGCUAUACUUUACUACAGAGGCGUACUGUAAUGUGCCGUAUGCUAGCCUGCAGCUCUAUGCCUUUUCCCUUUCUAUAAAUGCAGUUUUCAUUCUGUAAAUGCAGUUUUCAUUUUAACUUCAUAAUGUCCUGCAAUAAAAUGCUAUUCUGGAACAUUCA